GUCGCUCCCGUACAGGACAGUCCACCAUGGCCUCAGACCACCAGACCCAGGCGGGCAAGCCUCAGACCCUCAACCCCAAGAUCAUCAUUUUUGAGCAGGAGAACUUCCAGGGCCACUCGCAUGAGCUCAAUGGGCCCUGCCCCAACCUGAAGGAGACUGGCGUGGAGAAGGCUGGCUCUGUGCUGGUGCAAUCCGGACCCUGGGUGGGCUAUGAACAAGCCAACUGCAAGGGUGAGCAGUUUGUGUUUGAGAAGGGUGAGUACCCCCGUUGGGACUCAUGGACCAGCAGCCGGAGGACGGAUUCCCUCAGCUCCCUGAGGCCCAUCAAAGUGGACAGCCAAGAGCACAAGAUCAUCCUCUAUGAAAACCCCAACUUCACGGGAAAGAAGAUGGAAAUCAUUGACGAUGAUGUGCCCAGUUUCCACGCCCACGGCUACCAGGAGAAGGUGUCAUCUGUGCGGGUGCAGAGUGGCACAUGGGUUGGCUACCAGUACCCCGGCUACCGCGGGCUGCAGUACCUGCUGGAGAAGGGAGAUUACAAGGACAGCAGCGACUUUGGAGCCCCCCACCCCCAGGUGCAGUCUGUGCGCCGCAUCCGUGACAUGCAGUGGCACCAACGAGGCGCCUUCCACCCCUCCAACUAGUGUCCCCCUGCUGCCCCUCCUCCCCAGGAGCCAGGUCUGCUGCCUAGGACCCCUCCAGACCUCACGCGAGUGAAUAAAGUGUGACUUGCAA